AUGAUGGGAGAUAGCCGUCCCCGUCGGGGUAUGAUUUGUUUGUCCAGUGCUCGACGCGCGUCUGGGCGGUCUCGAUCAGUCGUCAGUGGAUAGUUUACGAAACCGGUCGCGAUCCCCAGUAGCUCGCCUAUGUGAUCUAACAGCGUUCGCCAGAGUUAUCAAUUAGGCAAGUGGAGUCAAAAGUUCUCGCGUGCUGAAUUCGAUUUCAGAACGUUGCGAAUCCGUCGGUUAUCAGGCCUUCUAUCAGCGAUCGAGUGGCGCGCGAGGCGCAAGAUGUAGUAACAGCAGCCAGCAUCCAUCCAGUUCUGGUAUCAGUGUCAGUGCUAUUGAAUCGAAGUUCGUGCGCCCGUAGACGUGGUGAAGACAGUCGCGAGGAAGGUGUUCCCUGGUACAGGGCGUAAUCGAUCGUGAUGUCGACCUUGGUGGUUCGUUGUUCCUGGUUGAGGUUUCGGUCUCUAGAAAGGAUGAAGUUAAACGUGGUGAUAAUGCUGCUGAUGAUGGUGACGUUAAUCGAGGUGGAGUGCGUGCAGCGAUCGUAUACAGUUGACGAGCUACUUCAAAGUACCUUCCCAAUUGGGAUAUCAGAUGACAUAGAUAUGGACCCUUGCAAGUCGAGUGGAUUCAUGGGUGAUAUUGCACUGCCAAAUGUGAACUAUGAGAGUGAAUUCCAUAAACAGAGACAGAGACAGCAGGAGGAGGAAGAAAUGCUGAGGAAAGAAAUCGAAGAAGGGCUGCAGGUUGAAGCAGAGGGCCUUACGACGGUUGCAGCACCUGUUUUGUCGAGCAGGCGUCCUAGUGAUAACAGGAGUGUUAGUGAGCUUGAAAGUCGGUCGCCGAAAAUGAAGAUAAACAAAAGCAUCAAAUCUAGGAAGCGACAUAUCAAACGCCGAGUGAAGGAUAGUGAUCGUAGCGAUGCUAAGGCAAGAAGAACUGGUUCCACCAAAGUUAAGCGAAAGGGAAAGAAUCAAAAACAUAUGACGCCGCGUAAAGUACGACGAAUGAAAAGGAAAAAGUCCAAUCGAGUGCUGCAUAGAUCGACUCGGGCGGCAACGGCAAAAACAGAACGAAUUUGGGAUUUUGGUGUGAUACCAUACGAGAUUGAUGGCAACUUCAGUGGUCUUCACAAGGCUCUGUUCAAACAGGCCAUGCGUCAUUGGGAGAACUACACGUGUAUCAAAUUUGUCGAGCGUGAUCCUGCAACCCAUCCCAACUUCAUCGUGUUCACUGAACGACCAUGCGGUUGCUGCUCAUUUGUGGGGAAGCGCGGAAAUGGACCUCAAGCGAUCUCGAUUGGCAAAAACUGCGACAAAUUCGGUAUCGUAGUGCAUGAACUUGGCCAUGUGGUAGGUUUUUGGCACGAACACACCCGUCCCGAUCGGGAAGAUCAUGUCGUCAUCGAGAAGCACAACAUUAUGAUCGGUCAGGAGUACAACUUUAACAAACUCACCGAAGACGAAGUCAACUCUUUGGGCCAACCUUACGAUUACUACUCGAUUAUGCAUUACGCGAGAAAUACAUUUUCCAAGGGAACGUACUUGGACACAAUUCUGCCAGUCGAUCUUCCGGGACAAAAACGACCUGAAAUCGGUCAACGUUUGCGUUUGAGCGAAGGAGACAUCAUUCAAGCGAAUCUCUUGUACAAAUGUGCCAAAUGUGGUCGCACAUUCCAAGACCACUCCGGGUCUUUCACAUCUCCAAGUUACCACUCAAAAUCCGCUCCCUCCGAACCGGAACGCUGCGAGUGGCGUAUCACCGCAACUCACGGUGAACGGAUCGUGCUCAACAUUACCGACCUGGAUAUUUUCAAGUCGGAUAACUGCCGAACAGACUACCUGGAGAUUCGAGAUGGCUACUGGCACAAGUCGCCUUUGUUGGGCAAGUUUUGCGGGUCUGGUCGAAACAGUAACCUUAUUGUAACCACCGGUAGCCGAAUGUUGCUGAAUUUCAUCACUAGUUUCCGCCAGACGGGUAAACGAGGAUUCGCUGCCAACUAUGAAGCCGUUUGCGGUGGUGAAAUCUUCCUUGACAACAGUGGGGGUCGCCUGGAAUCACCGAACUAUCCGGCAGAUUAUCUUCCGAAUAAGGAGUGCGUUUGGAAGAUCACCGUGCCGCAGGAUUAUCAGGUGGCGAUAAAAUUUCAAUCUUUCGAGAUCGAGAAUCAUGACAGCUGCGCGUACGAUUACGUGGAAAUACGCGAUGGCGAGGGACUGGAUUCCAGAGAGAUAGGAAUUUUCUGUGGCUACAAACUUCCUCCGGAUAUGCGAUCAUCCGGAAACACGAUGUACGUGAAGUUCGUUUCGGAUGGAUCGGUGCAAAAGGCUGGAUUUUUAGCGACGUUGAUACGAGAGGCAGACGAGUGUGAACGAAUGGAGUACAACUGCGAACAUGAUUGUAUCAAUACGCUUGGUGGAUACGAGUGUGGCUGCCAAAUCGGAUAUGAGCUACAUAGCGAUCACAAAUCUUGUGAGAAAGCAUGUGGAGGGAUACUUUCGCAAAGAAGCGGAACUGUUGUAUCACCGUCAUUCCCAAGAGAGUACCCGCCGAUGAAAGACUGCGCUUGGGAGAUUGUUGCUUCACGACAGCAUAGAAUCACGCUGAAUUUCACCCAUUUUGAUCUGGAAGGAAAUGUUUACUACCAGCCGUUAGAAUGCGACUACGACGCAGUCACGAUCUACUCGAGAAUCGGUGAAGAGGCUUUGAAAAAGCACGGGACGUAUUGUGGUUCGAAGAUUCCUCCGAUGAUCACUUCCGAGAGUCAUAUUCUUCGGUUGGAGUUCCGUUCAGACAAAACAGUACAAAAGACUGGAUUUGCGGCAGUAUAUUUCGCUGACGUCGACGAGUGCUCGAACAACAAUGGGGGUUGUCAGCACGAGUGCAAGAAUACGGUAGGAUCAUACGUUUGCUUGUGUCGGAAUGGUUACAUACUGCAUGAAAAUGGGCGUGACUGUAAAGAAGGCGGCUGUAAGUUCGAGAUAUCGGAUCCGAUUGGACAGAUCUACAGUCCAAACCACCCGGAUGAUUAUCCAUCGAAAAAGGACUGUAUCUGGCAUUUCACGACCACUCCCGGUCACCGGAUAAAACUGGUGUUCAGUAUCUUUGACGUCGAGUUACAUCAGGAGUGUGCCUAUGACAACGUUGCAAUCUAUGACGGCGAUUCACAAGAUAGCUACCUCCUUGGAAGGUUCUGUGGGGCGAAGCUUCCGCAUCCAAUUUCGUCCACCUCCAAUGAAAUGUUUAUGAUGUUCAACACGGACGCCAGUGUCCAGCGGAAGGGAUUCCUCGCCACUCAUACUACAUCUUGCGGAGGCUAUCUACAGGCCACCUACGAUAUAAAUCACUUCUACUCACACGUGAACUACGGCGAUGGCGUCUAUGACAACGGCGUGGACUGCGAGUGGACUAUCGAAGCUGACUCCGGUCGCAAGGUUCAGUUAUCGUUCCAAACGUUUGAUCUAGAGGAGGAGAAGUUAUGCUCGUAUGAUUACGUCGAAUUGGCCAGUGGGUUCGAAGACACCAUCAGCGGUCAAUUGCAGGGAAAAUACUGCGGCAAUCGUCUACCAGCGGAUGUAAUAUCAAUGAGCGAAGUCAUCGUUGUGCGGUUCCGCUCGGACGAUACGGUCGGGUUCAAGGGCUUCUCUGCGGCGUAUGUUGCCAUUAACCCAUACGACGAUGAAGAGCUUUCGACGGCCGAAGAAACGUACGAAAGCAAUGAACAUGCAGCCCCAUUUCCGGGAUCAUUGAGAAGUAUGUUCAUCAGUCCGGAUGAAUACGAUGCCGAUGAUGACGACACUGCCAGCGAAGACAAUACGGACUUGGCUACGUAUAUCCAUCGGAGGCAGCACCAUAAAAGUAAAGUGCAAUUGGGGGUUCACAACGGGCUGGAAUCAGUUCAUCAGACGAGUGAUUGAUCAAUUUGUGUAGUGUUUGUUUUAUUUGGUGUUUUGAUUCAAAUGGGAGCAGCUACAUUGAACGAACGGCAGAAACGCGGGUUGAGAUGAAACCACAAUACAAAACAAUCCAGUUCCUAGGUUGUUCAGUUAAUAAAUAAUAACAAAGUGCCUUAUUUUGUCCUACAAGUUUGUAACAUAGUGAAUUUGUCUACUUUUAGGUUAUGAAAUUGAAUAGACUGAAUUUAGCUGUAAAUACGACAGGUAGAUUGAAAUUUAAAACCAAUCUCACAAUA